AUGGAGGCGUGUACGGCCGGAAUCCGCGUCGCGGCGGGCGCCGCUCGUCUCUUUUCGCAGAAAACGAUGCGGGAGAUUGUGCAUCUGCAGACUGGCCAGUGUGGCAAUCAAGUGGGCUCCAAGUUCUGGGAGGUGCUCUCGGAGGAGCACGGCAUCGAUGGCGAUGGCAACUAUGUCGGUAACUCGCCGCUGCAGCUCGAGCGCAUCAACGUGUACUAUAACGAGGCGGCGGAAAACAAGUACGUGCCUCGCGCGGUGCUCGUCGAUCUCGAGCCCGGCACCAUGGACUCGAUCCGCUCGAGCAACAUUGGUGGCCUUUUCCGCCCCGACAACUUUGUCUUUGGCCAGAGCGGUGCGGGCAACAACUGGGCCAAGGGCCACUACACCGAGGGUGCCGAGCUCGUGGACUCGGUCAUGGACGUCGUCCGCAAGGAGGCCGAGAACUGUGACAUGCUCCAGGGCUUCCAGAUCACCCACUCGCUGGGUGGUGGUACGGGUGCGGGUAUGGGCACGCUGCUCAUCUCCAAGAUCCGCGAAGAGUUCCCCGACCGGAUGAUGGCGACCUUCUCGGUGAUGCCCUCGCCCAAGGUCUCGGACACGGUCGUGGAGCCGUACAACGCUACGCUCUCCGUGCACCAGCUCGUGGAGAACAGCGACGAGACCUUCUGUAUCGACAACGAAGCGCUCUACGAUAUCUGCUUCCGCACGCUGAAGCUCAAGUCGCCGACGUACGACGAUCUGAACCAGCUCGUUUCGCUGGUCAUGUCGGGUGUUACGACCUGCCUGCGCUUCCCGGGUCAGCUCAACUCGGACCUGCGCAAGCUCGCCGUGAACAUGGUGCCCUUCCCGCGCCUGCACUUCUUCAUGGUCGGCUUUGCGCCGCUCACGGCCAAGGGCUCGCAGCAGUACCGCGCGGUUUCCGUGUCGGAGCUUACUUCGCAGAUGUUUGACGCAAAGAACAUGAUGGCCGCCUCGGACCCGCGCCAGGGCCGCUACCUGACGGUGGCCGCCUACUUCCGCGGCAAGCUCUCGAUGAAGGAGGUCGAGGACCAGAUGCAGGCCGUGCAGACCAAGAACUCGUCCUAUUUUGUGGAGUGGAUCCCGAACAAUGUGCAGACCGCGCACUGCGACAUUGCGCCGCGCGACCUAAAGAUGUCGGUCACCUUUAUCGGCAACAACACCGCGAUCCAGGACCUGUUCAAGCGUGUCUCGGUGCAGUUCCAGGCCAUGUUCCGGCGCAAGGCCUUCUUGCACUGGUACACUGGCGAGGGUAUGGACGAGAUGGAGUUUACCGAGGCCGAGUCGAACCUCGCAGACCUCAUCAGCGAAUACCAGCAGUACCAGGACGCGACCGUGGACGACGACUACGAGGAGAUCGACGGCUACGAGGGCGAAGAGCAGUACGAGGAGGAGGAGAUGUAG